AAAGCAUAAACCCGGAAAUCCCGCAGCCCUGAGCGUAGCAGCUAGCUUGAUGCUAGUGCGAAAAGCUCACGAUCACUUCUGAAGGACGGAAAGAAACAGCCACUGCUCAGAACACUUUCCCAUCUUUUCCCCUGUCUCAGCGCGAUAAGAUAAUAUUACCAGAGACUCGGUUAAACAGAAAAAGCCUUUGGUCAUGUCAGGACAGAGGAAAGGAGCUGCAUCGCGGCUGCUCAAAUGUGCCUUCUGCAGAACCAACCGGGACAAGGAGUGUGGGCAGCUGCUAGUGUCUGACAGCCAGAAGGUGGCAGCCCACCAUAAGUGCAUGCUUUUCUCCUCUGCCCUGGUCACAUCUCACUCAGACAGCGACAACAUCGGAGGAUUUUCCAUUGAGGAUGUGAAAAAGGAGAUCAAGAGGGGAAAUAAAUUGAUGUGUUCUUCAUGUCACCGGCCGGGCGCAACGAUCGGCUGUGAUGUAAAGACAUGCCGAAGGACGUAUCACUAUUACUGCGCUUUGAAGGACAAAGCCCAGAUCAAAGAGAAUCCUUCACAAGGGAUUUACCUUGUUUACUGUCGCAAACACCGGGAUGCAUCUGCGGAUGGCAUUCAAGAUGAAGAGGGGGCUGUGGCCAAUGAUUCAGACGCAUCGCCUCCUCAAAGUAGGGGCAGAGGAAAGUUUGAGAAGGGGAGAGCCAAGGCUGGAUCUCGUGGCCAAUCGGAAGACUCCCGCUCCACCUCCUCACAGGCUGCAGACGAGGAGAGUUCCUCCCAUCGGGACAGGUCACCUCUUCGGACUAGCCCGGGAGAUGGCGGCCAGCGCUGUGGCUUCUGUCAUGCUGGUGAGGAAGAGAAUGAAACGAGGGGCAUGCUUCAUACUGAUAACUCCAAAAAAGUGGCGGCACACUACAAGUGCAUGCUUUUUUCAUCGGGGACGGUGCAGCUGACCACUACAUCGCGGGCUGAGUUUGGAAACUUUGAUGUGAAAACAGUCAUCCAGGAAAUCAAGAGGGGGAAAAGAAUGAAAUGCACGCUGUGCACUCAGUUGGGUGCUACCAUUGGGUGUGAAAUCAAGGCGUGUGUGAAGACCUACCACUAUCACUGCGGCCUGCAGGACAAAGCCAAGUACAUCGAAAACAUGGCGCGUGGCAUCUACAAACUAUAUUGUAAGAACCACAGUGGCAACGAGGAGAGGGAUGAAGAAGAUGAGGAACGAGAGAAUCGCAGCAGACAGAGGGCAGCAAACAACCACGGAGGAACACAAGUGAAUGGCAACUAGGUCGGCCUGAUGGAUGUGACGUGGGGGUGAACACAAAAGAGCUCAACAAGGAGGGAGAGAUAUUUUUUAUAAUGAAUCUUAGCCUACUCACACAGUCGUGGUCCACAAGCUCCCACGAGUCCUUCACACGGUUUCUUCCAGUCGAUGGACAUGUUGUCCCGAUGUGCCCCAGAUGUCUUCUUCAUGUGAAACCCUGUUUUGAGUUGACUGGCCGAGCUUUUCACAGACUGGUGGUACUCUGCGGAGCAUUGGACCGCUGCAUGAUCAAGAAAAGCCAUGGCUAAUCUCUCCCCAAGAGUCAGUUAUGGGCUCAGUUUCAAAUACAUCUAUUAUUUCCGUGAAUAAGAGCUGAUGGACUGAUCUUCUGAUUGUCACUCACUGCCCAUGUCCCCCACAGAUUACAUGACACACACACACUUGCUGAUAUGGAUACAUUCUUGCUCUUCCUUCGCUUCUAAAAGACUCACUUUUAAGAUGGGUCUGUUUGUUACUAGUCUCUCUAUCAAGUUGUGAAGUUUGAUUACCUUGUUUCUGUACUCAUGUCUUAAGAAUACUCUUUUCAUGUUAGCCUUUCUUUCUUGAUAUGUAAUAUUUUGCUACUGUAUUAUCAUGAGUCAUUUUGAAUAUCUGGAUUUCAGACAGUCGCAAUUACAAGUUUUGCCAGCAUGUACUUUGAUUCUCCCACUGUUCAAGGUGGCAUUUUUUUAUUUAGCUACUAAAGGGCAAUGUAGAGCUCUUUGGACGAGUUGGCUUUACUUUGUUUGAUGUACUGUUACUUGUAUCUCUACAAAUGUAUCCAUGAAUGAUUGGAAUAGAAAAUAUUUUAUUUUACACAU